UGCGCAACAACAACUCUUUGCCGACUGGGCGUAUAAAAGGUCCAGACCCGGGGGUCUUAAGUCGCUUGCUCUCCCCUCCCUCCACUUGUCUCAUGAACAUCUGCUAGCCACAUUCUUCCACGACUGAGAGAAUGACCGAAGUUACCACCUAUUCCCAAAGGCAUCCCUUUGAAGCCUCCAACCCACGACUGCUCGCGCCAGCCCCUGGCUUUCAGACCCUUAGCAUCUCCAACCCGAACAGCGAAAUGGUCUACCACAGCGAAGGUUACUACGCAUUCCAAGCACCGCCCAGGCCUCCGUUGGAGCCGCGCUCAUCCUCCGUCUCAUCCGCCUCUUCUUCCGGAUCCUCUUCGGUGCCAUACAGCACCGUUCCGCCCGACAAUGUCGGCGCCGUCCGUACCGUGUCACCCGCAUCCAGCACUUCUUCCGAUUCGGGGACGGGCGCCAUGGUAUAUUCGAGAAAUCAUUGCCCGGCAAUCGCCCACGAGCAGCCGUUUGCGUUCCGUGCGCAUCCGCUGCCGUCACAACUCCUCCAAGCACAAGCUCCUUCUUCGCUUCCCUUCUACCCGUCAACGUACCAGACUUCGAGGGAUGUCUCGCGGCCGUCGCCCUACGGCGCCUACUCCGUCGAUGCUCUGCACCACCAACCGCCGUCGUUCUCCUACGAGACCUGGCAUCCCAUGUUUGCUUCGACCGCGCCAUGCCACUCCUCUCAACCCUCGACUUCAUAUCAGGUCCGACCGCGGAACAACGAUGCGAACUGGUUUCUCAACGGUAUGCGAAGGCUCCCGCCCGACGUCAUCCGCCGCAUCCAGAAGUAUGUGACGUGGUACCACUGCUGGAAGGCCACCAGAAUCUGCCAGUGGUUCUUGCACAACUUCCACCCGGAUAACUUCAGUCAUGAAUGGAAAGUGGCCGAAAUAUUGAACACCGAGAGGAACAGAGGCCACGAACCUUUGGAUGACGAACCUGGGGACACGCCUGAGCAGAAGAAACCCGGCAAAGACUUCAAUUUCUUCGCGUGUUACCAUUGUUUCCGUUUCAAGGGAUUCGAUCAGUUCGAGGCCCAAAAACACACUCCAUUGGUCUUCAGAGAAGAGGACGACUCUGAAGAAGCCAGCGGUACUACGAAUGCCUUAACAACAACAAAGAAGCGAGAGCAGUCCUCAACCCUUUCGUCACCAAGCCGGUCGCCGCCCGCCAACCCACACUACGACCCCAGCCUGACGCGGAGCAGCCUGCGAGCUGCCUCCUCCUCCUCAUCAUCAUCGUCGUCUUCCUCCUCUACAGCCGGCCGAGGUCGCCGUGCAGUAGGCGGUGGCGGCAGCCCCGCCGCGAGCGACGACCCAUUCGCACACAUGCACCCGCGCGCAAAGAGGACGUACGGCCAGCGGCGCUUCUGCGUCGACUGCGGCCUCAAGGCGGGUUUCUACGAGCCGGGGGACUUGAUUGAGCUGCAGAAACCGCGCAAGAAGGGCGACGCCAUGUGGGUAUGUCGGUGCAGGAAACUUCACUCCCGCAUGGACAGCGCUCAGUGCCACGUGUGCAACUCGAUCGCGCCGCUGUCGGUACCGAGGUGAAAACGCCAUGUCGUCAAGGCCCCGGCUCUCUCUGUCCGUGUUACUCCAUAAUACCCGGAUAGGGAUCUGAGGGCGAAGACAAUUUCGGUUCGGAAGGGUACUCUACUACUUCUUUUUUCUUUAUCUUUCUACUCUUGCUGACCAUCUUGUGGGAUCGCUCAAUCU